UUGCCGUGUUACUGCAAACACUCUGUACUGAGGCUUGAGAGUGGUGCCAGCAUGGAUGCAACUAGCAGCGCCGGCCUCAAAUAAAACGCAAAACCAUUUCUUUCUCUGAGUGAUCAUGUAUGGUGUAUGAUGAUUCUCAAGCAGAGGAUGUGUACAUGAACAUGUAUGUAGUGGAAUUGUCUUGUGGAGGAUUGUAAGUGGUAAUGUUGUGGACUGUGCAGUAAUCUGUGACAACCUAAGACUCUGUCACAACGUACAGUGCACAUGAAGACAACAGACGCUAGUCCUGAGUACUCUAUACCUGCAAGCUUUGUUGAACUACGGCCAGACAAGAGUCUGUGAACUAAGAACAAUUGUUAUUAAAUCAACACUAUGAAGCAUCAUUGGACAUCUGCAAAUGACACAAAAAAGACCAACAGAUCAAGUCUGCUGGGACUAUCUGUCUUGCUAUGGAAAUGUUCACUGAUAUCAAUUGUGAUUGGAGGACCUGGUGGUAAUAGAAGGGAAGACUAUGCUCCACGCAUAACUGAGCAUCCACAGAGUGUGAUAGUCCCCAAGGGUGAGCCUACUACACUACGAUGCAGGGCAGAUGGGCGACCAGACCCAACAUUAACGUGGUUGAAGGAUGGUGAGAGACUGGAUCUAUUGUCAGGAGAUGGACAUCGCUCUAUGCUGAAUCCAGGAGAACUUUUCUUCCUACGUGUUAUUCACAGUAAAGGCAACAAUGCUGAUGUAGGAACCUAUCAAUGCGUGGCCUCCAACUACUUAGGAGAUACUUAUAGCAAUAAUGCUACAUUGGAAGUGACUUAUAUCAAAGACGAUUUUCGGCGGGAACCAGUAUCAACUGAGGCAGAAGCUGGUGAACCUGUGGUGUUAGAAUGUCAACCUCCAAGAGGCUACCCAGAACCCACUGUCACCUGGAGCAAAGAUGGAGAAGAUGUGAUUGUAGAUGGAGACAGAGUCAAGGUUCUACAAGAUGGAAACCUUAUGAUAUCACAGUCUCGUGCGAGUGAUGCAGGCAGUUACGUGUGUACAGCUAGCAACCAGAUGGGAUCCAGAAGCACUGAGCCUGCACAUCUCACAGUCAAAGCACCACCAUUAUUGGUUGCUCCCGUUCAAGAUACUGUUGUAGCACCUGGAACUACAGUCAUGAUUCGCUGUCAAGUCAUUGGAGAUCCUGUCCCCGUAGUCACAUGGACCAAAGAAGGUGGUGAGCUACCAAUGGGAAGAUACACUAUACUGGAGGACAACUCAUUACGUAUUCGUCAGGUAACUCAAGAUGAUGAAGGUGUGUAUAUUUGUGAAGCAGUCAACAGUAAUGGCAGGAUGCAGGAUGAUAUGACAUUGACUGUUAGUGUGAUUCCCACAUUUACUCAAGCACCAGUGGAUAGAACUGUGGAGCUCCACCACACAGCAUCAUUCCAAUGCCAAGCUACAGGCAGUCCACCACCAGCAAUCUUCUGGAAGAAAGAAGGCAGCCAGGAGGAGCUACUGUUUAUUGGCAUGGAAAGUGGUCGUUUGCGAGUGACUAGCAACGGAGAGUUACAUAUCAGCGAUGUUAGGGAAGAAGAUGAAGGCUACUAUGUCUGCUCAGCUCAUAGUGGAUCCAGUAUGGCUGAAGCUAGAGCAUUCCUCAGAGUUAUAGCAUCAGUAAGCCAGCCACCACCCAUUAUCAACUAUGGCCCCAGCAAUCAGACAUUGAUAGUUGGCACUGUAGCAUUACUUACAUGCGAAACAGCAGGUCAUCCUGCCCCUAGUGUACGAUGGACAAAGAACGGAGCACCAUUACAAGCCAGUGAUGCUAGAUUCACAGUUUUAGACACUGGACGACUGCAGAUAUCUGGUUUAUUCCUGGAGGACUCGGGAAUGUAUAGUUGUAUUGCAACCAAUAGCAGUGGGCAGACUAGCUGGAGAGCAUAUCUGCGUGUCAUUGAGCGAAGUGAAGCAUCUGGUAUUCCUGUUCUGCAAGCUCCUAAUAUUCAUGAACUGCCUGCAUCUCCUGGUCAACCUGUAGCUAGUAAUAUCACAAGGACAGCAUUGAGUUUGAGAUGGUUAGCUCCUAGUAGGUCUACCCCACCUCUAUCACCGGUUACUCAUUACAGACUGGAAUACUUCAGUCAUGAAGUAGCACAAGAGUGGCAGAUUGUACCUACUCCAUGCAUAGGGGAGACAUGUCUGGUUCAGCAGUUACGACCAGGAACUACCUACUUGUUUCUGGUCAGAGCUGUGAAUGAUCGAGGGAUUGGACCACCAAGUCCCAUCUCUCAGCCAAUCACAACCAGAGAUGAUAUGUCAGCGAUUCCUUCUGAGCAAACCACACUGAUUGAGGAGAAGUUAGCAGAAACCAGAGUGGAGAUUACUAAUGCUAUGGUGCUUAGCCAAACAGCAGUCAAGGUCUUAUGGGAGGUGAGGCAGCAUCGUGAAUUUAUUGAAGGCUAUCACCUGAAGUAUCAUGCUGACUCUGGCAGUAAUGGCUUCACUAUGCAGACAGUGCUAGGGUCAACCAAUAAAAUCAUCACCGGACUGAUGGCAAAUACCGGCUAUACCAUCACUCUACAGCCAUUCAACUCUAGAUUUAAUGGCCCCGAGUCUGAUGCAGUCAGUGUGGUAACCCUCAGUCAAGGUGAUCAGCUGCAGGAAUCUCCCAUUGAUAAUCCUGUACUUCAAGGCAAACUGGAUACCUGUGGUACAUCAAUAGUCAGUAUAGAGGCUGUGGGCUCUACCUCACUCAAGAUCACAUGGAGGGUCAGCAAGAAUGAGCCGUACAUUGAUGGAUAUCACAUCAAGUACAGUGUGCGUGAUAGCAAUGAUGUGAUCAUGCAGACAGUAACAGGAUCUAGUGUCAAGACAUUGACUGAUCUGACACCAUGGACAUGGUAUAGAGUCAGCGUGCAGCCCUUUAAUGGUCUGUAUCUAGGACCUGAAAGCACCCAUCAAGAUGCAAAGACUCAAUCUGCUGUGCCUACUGGUGCUCCACACAACGUUCAUGUGGUAACUAAUGGCACAGCAGCUAUUCUAGUCAGUUGGGAACCUCCCUCUGCAAGCACAGUCCAAGGAGUGAUUGCUGGAUACAAUGUGUACUGCCUUGCCAACACGACUGCAUUACACAAGAAUGUAACCUGUCCAGCUGACCAGCGGUCUGUGCGUGUGACUGGGCUAUUGAUAGGCAAAGUCUACAUGGUGAAAGUAGCAGCAUAUACUACAGCCGGCGCAGGACCUAGAAGCUCUGCACAGCCUGUAUACAUCACUGCAGGAGGCGUGAUUGGAGGAGGUGACGUAGACGAUGAUGAUAGCUCUGUCAUGGGAGAUAAUGGCAGUAUUGUCACUCAACCAUGGUUCAUUGCUAGCCUGGCUGUCUUCUUCUUAUUGAUAUUACUAUGUAUCACCGUCUUUGUGUGGAGAAGACAUGUGCAGUAUAAACUGGCUGGUAAUAUCAGUAAAGGACCAAUCAGCAGAGACAAUGCAGCAGCUGCACAUAAUAUGGGUAUAGGCAGUUCUGGUCAGUUCAUCCCCAGCAAUCACAGCAGUGUGCAGAGCAGUUUACAGCGAGGUCAAGGCUGGGUCAACCCAGCACAGCGCCCUCUACCAUCCACUGUUGGUCUGCUGUCAGAUUCAUCCGAUCACCAUGGUAAUAGGGCUUGUAUUCCUAUUGGCUCGGCUUCAUCCUCACUCAGCAGAGCUGAAUACUUGCAACCUAACAAUACUGCAUACUGGCUGCUGGAGGCUUACGAUCCUGAGUCUGGUACCCUGAGGCAGUAUGAUACACAACAGCUUGGUCCUGAUGGCAGACGAUGUCACCAGUAUCAUCCUAGUCAUUCUUGCUAUGGGAGUGGUGGUCCAGUGUAUGCAGUAGUUGAUAAUGCUGAUGAUGAGGAUGAGGAUGAUGAUGAGCAUGGUGCUGAUAUGAUACAUGGACCUCAUACAGCGCUGACUCUACCCAUGCCUAGAUGUCCUGAACAUGUCAAAGAGAAACUGACUGUUAGUAACUCCUUACCACCUCAUGUGACUGAACCCUAUGCAUCCACUACACUGAUCAUGCCGUCCAAUAUGGUUGACAUGAGACCGCCAUGUAGUCAUAGUGGAUCAUCAGAACAAUCAGCAGCAAGUACUCAUAGCGCUGCUAGGAUAGACGCUAGAGGGCGUCAUACUGCUGCUGAUAAUGGGGCGUACAGCAGCAGCGGAGGCUCAACGCAACAAGGUGAUCGUGCUAGUAGAAAGAAACGACACAGAGGUGGAUCCAAACAACCAGCACGUAACUGGACAGAGUUACUGCCACCUCCCCCUGAACAACCACCAACUGACAUAGAUUCACCCACAGGAUCAGCCUGUCCAGCCCCACCUUGUUCUCAUGCCAACGCUAAUCCACAUAUGGAUCAUGGAAAGAAUCGUCAGGACAUGGAACGGAGUAAAAAGAAAGGACCGACACCUCCACUCAGACAAUGCUGCUCAUCACCACCAGUCAGUACUAGUGAUAGGCAGCAUACAUUACCAGCUGUAGCACAUAAACCACUGCCGACAAACUCAGUACCCAAUCAAUUAGACAGUAAUAGGAGUGGCACCCCUGCUGACCAUAGGCAGCAGCCUCAUAGUAAAACCCAUGACAGGCCUUCAGAUCCUGAUCACACACAACGGGGGGUACCCUACCUAGCUUCAAAGCGUCUCUUUGAGGAUCCUAGGCAUGAGCAACUCGGCAAGGAGUUGUUGGAGUUCAAUGAUGAUAUGUCACAGAGUGAGAUACUCUCUGAUAAUGAUGACAUGGCUGGUAUAUCAGCUGCAACAGCUCUGAAUGCAGACCAAGGUUUACAUGCCAAUCAUGGUGAUUAUAUGGCCAAUAGGAACCAACUGCCUCACAUGCUACAGACAGAAGAUGACACUGAGUCAGCGGAUUCCUGUACAGAUGCAAUGUUGGGUUCGUGGUCGUCUAUGAAUGGCAGCUCCAGCAGUGGUCGUCAUAGCAGCGUGAGUGAGAGUUCGGAGGGAUCUUUCUUUACUGAUGCUGAUUUUGCUAGUGCAGUAGCAGCAGCAGCCCAGAAUUCUGGCAUGCAAGUCAUUGGAUCCACAGUCACAGAUCCUAGAGCAGGUAAGAAGCAUGGCAGACACGAUGCACAGCAGAGUCGUACAGAUAGAGCACACCCAGCUACUCAUACAGGUAGCAAGCCAUCUCACAGUAUCUUGACAACAUUCAAACCAAUGGCAGGGACAGGCAGAGAGACAGGUGGGUCUACAAAGAAAGCCAAGACUAAACCUCUAGCAGGGACAGGCAGAGAGACAGGUGGGUCUACAAAGAAAGCCAAGACUAAACCUCUAGUACUACAAGAUACCAACAACGUAGGACUGACUGUAACUGCCAAUCCACUGGCAUUUGCCAUGGAGGAUUCUGAAAUGUAAUUGAAAUAGUAUUGCUACCCUUUUUGUAUUUCCUUUCUAAGCUGUAGGACUAAUCAUGUCCAAGACAUGUAUGUAAUUGUAUGUGGUGAGAGUGUGUGAAGCCAAGCAGUCUGUUCUUUCAAUUAUUAGCUGUUCAAUUUUCCUUUUUUGAUAAAACAAAAUGUAUAAAUGUUUGUUACAACGCAGUAUGGCUUUUGUUUGUACAAAUGCUGCUUUGUAGUUGAAUAAACUGCUCUUUUUCCCAGACUUAUUGGGGAUGCUGUUGUACAGUAAGCAAGCUGUCAAUUUAGAAUGUUUUGCUCCUAUUGAAUACACUUAAACUUUGAACAUUGCUUACAUGUAUGUACAGAAAUGCCUGACAUGAUUGAUAUGCAAAUGUGUAACACUUGCAGUUGUACUGUCAUUAGCAAGAUUGUAUUCUUGUGAAUGAUAUUACCUGAUUUAUUAAGACUUAUGUUUACAUGAACCAAGUAUUACAUCCAUGAUCCAUUAAAGCAGACGGCAUUAAAUGGAAAUACAUGCAGGACAUGCUGCCUCAGGAAAGCAGAUGAAGAAUUAUAUUCACCUUUAAGGUAAUUAAAUAUAAAUAAAGCCGAUUCUUUGGUAUUCCACAAAUCUCAAUUAUAUAAGUCUUAUCUCAUCCAAUUGACAUUACUUACCAGUCAAACCAACCCCUGACAUUGCAUAGAGGCAUGAGGUUGCAGCUGCAGUAUUGAACCGUUUCUGUGCAUUUGGAUGCCUUUUGUUGUUGGCGAUGUACAUACACAUGUGAAAUAUAUUUACCAAACCAGUCCAUCAAACUGGAAAUUUUCAGCACAUUUUAUAACCUUUGAACAAUUGAUCACGUGAUGUAACCAGUACAAAUCAAUGGGUAGUAGUGAUAGCUUUGUAUUCAUGACCACAUCCAUUCACAUGGAAACUUCAGAACAACUAUUAAAGUCUGAGCGAAAACUCUGACAAAAUGUCACCUGUAUUUACCUGUAGAUAUCAAAUGUGCUUUCAUUUGAAAUACAAAGCAGUCUCAAGAUAAACAAUAGUCAGGAGAAGAAUUGUAGCAUUCAGGGUUAAUAUUUGAUGGAAUGCACCAAUAACGGCGGAUCCAUUCAAUGUGUGGUUCAUCACAAUCACUUUCCAGUCACUGUUCAUUCAUGGAGCAGGGUAUAUAUUAUCUUGAAGCUCAAGGUAUAAAUAAACAGCAGACAUUGGAAAUGAGUCUACAACUGACUUCACAAAGGACUCAUGCAUAUAUCAUAAUUGCAUCAAUUAUAAAACCCCAGUACAUGUACAUGUACAUGUACAUGGGGUGUAAUCAGCAGCAAGGUUUUCUUUGACUUUACGUGUACCUCAUCAUAAAACUGUUGGAACUGAAAUACCGUUUGGUAAGUACUGCCUUACUGGAUGACAGUACAAGCUUGAAAUACAAAGGCUGUACAAUCUGAUAAGCCACUUGUCUGUAGGUAGAUCUAGAUGAAUGAGGAGUCAUCCCAUUUGGCGUUCCAGUAGUGACUCGAUUGGACCCAAAUACAGUAUGGUUUCAGACAGUCAAACUUUAUGUACUUAUUUUUUAUUGACAUGUCAAUCAUUUGAUGUAUUCCAAUCUUCUCAGUAAUUUAGUUUAGUUAACUCUGGAAUGCCAGUCUGAAAUAAGGGUGUUGCUGUCAAGUUGUCAUUGUACAUUUGAUGUCUCCAAACCAGUAGACAUGCAUGUGUUCAAUAAGUAGUUUUCUCCAAAAUGAAAUUAAAGGGGGAACAGAGAUACCUCUCCAAGGAAACUGGAUAAGAUGAUGUGCUUUCCAUUUUGCUUAAAUACCUUAGUGUAGACAUUCUUAAUGAACUGGAAACUAUCAUGUGGGAUGUGUUAAGAUAAUAUGAAUUGAUACAUCAGAUAGUAUAACAUUUUAUUGCAUGCAGCUGUCCAUGGGUGGGCCUAGCAUCUGUGUUCUAGGCCUUAAUAGAAAUACAAGUGUGAUGAAGUGAGAUUUACAAGGCAAUAAUAACCUUCAUAAGGGAGUGAUGAAUGUUCAUGGCUCAUACCUUUAACAUAUUCAUUAACAGGUAAUGAUUCAGUUAUCACACUGUUAUUUCAUUACUUGUGACCAUGUGGACCACAAAACCUGUAUAAAGUCACAAAGGAAAUUAAUUCUCAGAGCUAUAGAUGAACAUGUGAACCUAGCACAUGCAGGUAUACGAGUCCACCCCAUCAUGUUUAUUACUUGCCGUUUAUCAACAUGAUUAAUUGGGGUUAGGUUUUUGAGUUUGUUUGCUUUUGCAACAGAUCAAUAUGAUCACACAGAUGUUAUCUCAUGCAUAGAAGGAAUGUAUUCAGUUAAUGAUGUUAAGAUUGAAAGAUGAAAACACGUUAAUCGAUAUUAAUAAAUACCUGAGAGAGUUUGCUCAUUCCUAUUGGUCGAAAGCCUGUCAUGUGGGUGGUUUUAAACUGCCAGUAACACUGCUGCAUUCUGUGCCGUAUGUAGCAUGCAAUGUAUACCAUAGACAUGACCAGAGGGGUGUUUCGCAAAACAGGAUGUACAAAUUGUUGAACAAAAUCAAUGGAAAUUGUGUGAUUUUUUUAAAACUUAUUUUGAAUUUGUGACUGAAAGUUAUUUAAACUUAUUUUGAAUUUGUGACUGAAAGUUAUUUGUGAAUGGGAAUAAAUAUGUGCUUGGCUGGUAUUAAACUAGUACAUUUAAAACCAGCUUGGGGCCUGGAUGCAGAUAAUGGCCCUCACCUUUGGCUCGGACCGUUAUCCACAUCAAGCCCCCUAGCCGGUUUGAAAUGUAUAUCGGCUAAGCACUUAAUUGUUCCCUUAAAAAGAUUGAUUAAUUGAUAUUCCUGUACAUGUAUUCUUUGCAUUCUUUAAUCAACAUUGCAUUCUUUAAUCAACAUUGCAUUCAUUGCAGUAGAUACAGAGGGUUCAUCGUUUGUUGUAAAAAAAUAUCAAAGAGGACAAAGAGCUGCUCCAUCAUGCUGACUGCCCGAUAUCUUGGGACUUGUAUAUAAUAGUGUACAUAUCACUUGCUAUAGUUUGAUAAUGGAGACAGUGACCAACUAUUGACACACUUUACUGUCCUUAAGAACCACAGCGUUUAUAGUUGAGAGUAUAUAUUGUGCAUUUUAAGGUAAACAGGGUAAACUAAUAACUAUCCGCAUAGUAUAGAAGUAGACAGAUAUCCAGCUGCAACAAAGAGUGGACUUGUUUGUUUUUUAUACAUGUUUUAAUUUUCUAAAGCACAGUGAUUUUUGCCCCUAACAUCUGUUUUGAUUUGUGUGGUUGAAUGUUUAGUUUUUCUUAGACCAAACUGCUGAUGGUAUACUCUUUAUUCUAUUGUAUGGAAGUUGUUGUACAUGUUCUAAAUCAGUGCCUUUUUAGUUAAGCAUUGAUGAAGAAGCUGCUGUUAUGUAUCAUGAACUUGCAGAAUUUCUAACAACUUGAUGAAAGCAAAAUGUAGUGAUUUAAAAAAGAUUGUUUAAAGUGGGUUACAGGUUAUAAUCUUUGCCAAAGUGAAUGUUUUUAAACAUGUAAGCAUACGUUCCUGUUUGUAACAAGCAGCAACAAUAGGGGAUAUUUUUCAGAUUAAUUUGUAGCAUCAGUGUCCCAGUGCACGUUUUGUUGUUUGUAAACCAGUUGUUUAUCAAACUUUGAGUGAUUCAGCAACUUGGGUCGUAUAGUAAUCAUGCAUAUUUCUUCACAACUGAAAAUGCCAGAACACUAUCCCCAUUUUGGGGGAUAGUGUUUAGUGGGUGAUGUGACAUGACAUUGCUGUAAUGGUAUGCAUACUAUGACUUGUUAAAUAACACUGUGAUGUGAAUUUCCUUUCUUUAGGGGACAGUGGGAGUUAAUAUAAAAUGUCAUAAUGAUUAUGAUACCCUCAAUCAGUGAUAGUAUUCAUUUUACGCAAUUUAAUCAGGUGAUAUUUUAAGUAAUUAAGCCAAACGCGAGUUGCUCUUUUUUGUGGUUAAGUUUAUAUCAUGAGCUUAGAUGUGAAUAUUAGUGCUGCUCAUACUGCAUCAGAAGUGCUAUAUAUAGCAUGUAUUGACAAACCCAUCCUUUCAUGUGUGCCAGCCUGCCAGGUCAUAUCUAAUCACAUUAUUUAAUAUUUAAAAUAGGAAACCCACCAAAAUGUAAGAAAUGUUUUUUGAUUUUGCUUUUAUAUGUAUUGAGUUUUGUCCAUGUUACUGUAUAUAUUGCAAGAAUGUAAAUAUUCCAUGGAAACCUUUUUGAUAAAAUGAUUUUCAAGUUUCGUUGGUUGAAUUGAGUUUUAACAAACCGAAAAAUGAGUGGGUUUUUUCGUCUCAGAAAUUACUGAAAACAUGAUUUUUUUUCUACCAUAUCAAGUGAUGCCAUUUGACUUUUGGCUACUUGGGGAUUGUGAACACCUCGUUAUCUUGCCAUUAAUUUGUACUUUUUUUAAUGACAUGUACCUUGAAAUCAACCCAUAACUUGCGUGUAGAGACAUGUUCAAUGUAGACACUGACUGACAAGUAGGAUACAGAGUCAUGUCAGAUUUGAUUGCCAUUACAUUUUGCUAACAUUUGUGUAUAUUUUAUUUGCCAUUAUUAAUGACCUUAGCCAUAUUCUGUCCUGUGUAUUGGAUGAGUACUGACUUUUGUCUUCCACCAGACAGUAUGCUAGUAACGAAGGCUCUUGCAAGCAAACCAAACUGCGCUGUAUAUUCUUCAAAAUACAAGCUCUUUUAUGUAAGACAUGUAGUUACAUUUUGCAACAACAAUAUAUGUAUAUCUGCACGCUUUUUACAUAAGUUUAAAAAAAAUGACUUAAAGCAUAUUUAUUGCAUAUUUCAUGCAAGUUUUAGUUUCAGAUAUAAUUGGUACUUAUGAAAACCAGCUUUGACAUAUAGACCUUUAGUUCAGGUAACUUUUAGACUCAAGCUGCAGGUCAAGCGUGACUGCAGUCUACAGUACUCCACUGUUCACAGAUCAACAAUUGAAUCACUUAGCAUAAUGACAGCUUCAAACAUUGGGAGAAAACGUUGCAAGUCUUUUCUGGUUUGUCCAAAUGGCUCUUUGGUUUUCUGGAGAAUACACAUGGUCGACCAAAAUGGGAUGAAAAACAAAAUACAAUGUAGAUGCCAUUUGUUCUGAGCCUGACUUAGUGUGGUGAUAUCCACAUGUUACAGACCCUCUGUACUUACAGACCUUCUGUACUUAACAGUCUGCAAAGUGCUGGCAUAUUGUAAGACACUAUGCUGUCUGUGUAGUCUUUCCCUGAAUGACCUGAAAGCACAAUCACGAUUUGUUACCUGGUGAUACAGUUCAGUACCAAUAUUUUUGUAACGCCACAUGUAAUUAUUAACCAUUGAUCUUGGAGAUUAUUGCCUGUUAUUGUUGCACCAAUUCCUACUCACGAUGCUGUUAAUGUAUCUUGUAACUGUAAUUAAAUGUUAACAUGUAGUUGCCUGCUGGCCAAAUGUAUUCAGUUCAAUGCUGGACAAUAAAAGCACUUUAUAAGCCCCAAA